CGUUUCCGCGCGGUUCGUAAAACACUGUUAUUUCUUUUUUUUUUUUCGUUCAGUGUGAAAUUUUCAAUUUACAACCCAAAAUAUAGAACGAAACUCUCCAACCGAUAAUGUUCCUCAGUCUGGGACACCGCGCGACGGCGCUAACGUUGGUGAUCGGCACGAUGGACUUAUUGUACGGUGCGGUUAUAUUUCCCAAGAUACCGGAUGUGUUGAAUCCACCUGUUCCAGAUAGUGUGGAGCUUGCGGAACAGUCUGUAUAUCUGCAGAGUGGCGAACAAGAUCCGGAAGUGACACCCGGUCUGUUCCAGGGCGAUAUGGCUAUGGAUAAUAGUAUGUACAAGUAUUGGAGAGUAGGUCUCAAUUGGGAUAUUUUCCCGGAGCGUCGGUGGCCCAAUCGAACCGUACCGUAUGCGAUCAGUCCGCUCUACGAUGUGGAUGAUCACAUAACGAUCCUGAAGGCAAUUCGAACGCUAAAUUUUAUGACUUGUGUGCGCUUCGUACCAUGGAAUGGUAAGGAUACGGACUUCCUACUGAUCUGGCCCAUCAAAUACCCGAAGGGUUGCUGGAGUUACGUCGGAAAAACGGGCGGCACUCAGAUAGUUUCAUUGCAACCACCGGAUCAUCAGAAUGUCAACUGCCUGGGCCAUGAAGGACGCGCCAUGCACGAGCUGAUGCAUGCACUGGGAAUCUUUCACGAGCAGUCCCGUUCCGAUCGGGAUCGGUUUGUGAAGAUCAACUGGGAUAACAUUAUUCCGGCGUUCAAAUCAAACUUCGAGAAACAAUCCCUGAAGAACACCACCUACAGCUUCGAGUACGACUACAACAGCAUCAUGCACUACGGCAAGAGUUACUUCAGCGUCGGUAAAGGGAAGCCCACUAUCGAGACGAAAAUGCCCAACAUCAAGCUCGGCCAGCGGCAGGCGCUCAGCCAAACCGACUGUCUGAAGAUCAACGACUUGUACGAGUGUUUGGACAAUCCGCGAUUAACGAAAAAGUACUACAACCUGUGCAAGACUUUAGGAAUUUGAUAUUGUUACUGAGUCCUCAAAAAAACUACUGUACGCGUGCCAUCAUAAUCUUCAUCAUUAAAACACAAUAUUUAUUGUAAAGUGGUUUGUUUAUUACUUUUCUUUUUUUUCGAUAUCUUCUCUCUCAUCGAGGAACUGCGUACAAAUCACUACAUAGGGGGAAUGUCACCGGCUCAGGGGGCGGGUGGUCCAAACUGCGAAACCUUCACAAAUUGUAUUACAAUUAUCUUCGUUUUUGGUUGAUGGUGAUUACCUUUUCAAACUAAUAAACAUAAACUAAUAUGAAAAAAAAAAAAACCGAUUGGUUUCGAAGUGAUACACAAGAGUGGGUAUAUCACAGUAAUAAAAAGUUCUUAAGUUUAUUUUUCUUCUAACUUUCAUCUUUCUCAUCUUACCGGAUUAUCGAUGCAUCACUUCUCGCUUGUUCUCGGAGGGCAAAAAUUUAUCUUUUUUGUGAGUGUGUUUUUCUACAUCAAGCUAGAAUGUGUGUAUUAGUGUAUAAAAUGAACGCAACUAUUUUGCCGAAGCAAAAAAAAAACUCUAAAAGCAAUACUCCUGUGUUCUGAUUGUUUUUUUUUUUGUUUUUAAAUUAAACAGAA